AGAAAAUGGAAAAACAACCUUUGCUCCCUACUGUCAACCAAACUCACUCUACAUACAAAGAAUUUGUAAAGACACAUUUGACUAAGGCUUUUAUUUACGGUACUGCGGUCUAUUUGAUCCUUACUAUGCUUCGCCUCUCUUGUUUGGAUCACACAUCUGAAAUCACAACCAAUCAUGUUGUCGGUCCUGUCUAUCACUAUCAUAAGCUAUUGGAAUUCAAAUAUGAUCCAAGCCUAUUUCCUCGUCUUUCCAUCAAACAAAAAACCGAAGGCUUUGAAUGCAGAAGUGGUGAUGCUACUGUUGUUGUUGAUGAUCAAAUUGAACAAGUACUUGUCAGUUUUGAUUUCUCAAUGACUUCAAAAGAAUUGGAAGAUACUGUCUGGGUCGAAUCUUUUGAAGAACAGGAUCUCUAUUCACUUGUGAUGCGUGCAAAAUCCGAGAUUAAAGAUGCAUGUUUCUAUACUGAUAUUACUGUUCGUGUGCCGACUAAAGAUGCAAUCAAAGAAUUUGUAAUUGCUCUGGAUAACCAUGAUAUUCACCUGAAAAAAGACUUGGUCUUUAAAGCAGUUGACAUUGAAGUUGCUAAUGGUGACAUUCAUUUCAAAGAAGGUAUUAGCACUGGUAAAACAAGAAUUUCAGCAUCGAAUGGUGAUAUUACUGGACGUAUUAACACUUUAUUCAAUGACAAUCUUAUUUUGUCCCUUUCAAAUGGUCAUUCGGAUGUUGAUGUCGAUCAAAUUCAACAAGACCAUCCUAUUUUGAUUAAGAACAGUGCUAGUAAUGGUCGCGUUUCCCUUAGUUUGCCUACUGAUUUCCAAAGCCAGUUCAAACUUUCAACUAUGCUUGGAUCAAUGCGCAUCAGGGCCGAGACAAGCAAAGUUCAUUAUACCAGCAAAAAAUGGGGUUCUACCUCUGGUUAUUAUGGAGAUGAUGCAAACACAGAGAACCGUAUUGACCUAAGCACUGCCAAUGGUGGUGUCCUUUUAGCUUUUAAAUAAAAUACAAAUAUAUAUAU